UCAGGCCUGGAGAAAGGCAGUCAGUACAGUUUCCAGGUAGCUGCCAUGACAGCUAACGGCACGGGCCCAGCCAGCGAGUGGUUCACCGCCGAGACGCCAGAGAAUGACCUUGACGAGAGCCAAGUCCCGAACCAGCCGAGUUCCCUCCACGUCCGACCACUGCCCAACAGCAUCAUCAUGAGCUGGACUCCUCCCCUAAACCCCAACAUCCUAGUACGGGGUUACAUCAUUGGCUACGGAGUAGGAAGUCCCUACGCUGAGACGGUCAGGGUGGACAGCAAGCAGCGAUACUACGCCAUAGAAAACCUGGAGCCCAGUUCCCACUAUGUCAUCUCCCUGAAGGCGUUCAACAAUGCAGGAGAGGGUGUCCCUCUGUAUGAGAGUGCUGUGACCAGGUCUAUAACAGAUACGUCCACCCCCAUGAUCCCCCCAGUAGGUGUCCAGGCCGUGGCCCUGACCCCAGACUCUGUCAGGGUCAGCUGGGCAGACAACUCCAUGACCAAGAACCAGAAGACCACUGAGGUCCGCUACUACUCAGUCAAGUGGAAGACCAGCUACUCUACUAGCGGGAAGUUCAAGUCUGCAGACACUACAGCCCUCAGCCACACCGUCACUGGCCUCAAACCCAACACCAUGUACGAGUUUGCUGUCAUGGUUACCAAGGGCCGUAAGUCCAGCACGUGGAGUAUGACAGCUCACGCUACUACGUACGAAGCAGCUCCCAGCUCCGCCCCUAAGGACCUGACGGUGAUCAGCAGGGAGGGAAGACCCAGAGCCAUCCUGAUCAGCUGGCAACCCCCCAUGGAGGCUAACGGACGAGUCGUGG